AAAAAAACUUUUUUUCUUCUCCUCUCUUCUUUUUUUUAAUAUUAUUAUUCUUUUUUUUUUUGUGAUUGACCCUUUUUUCCUACACUUUCAAUGUUUCUUUCUACUAAAGAAAGGGCUUCUAAAAGUCUACGUCGACUCACGAAAGCCAAGAUAUCUACACCUAUUGCACAAGUGACGUUAGAGUUACCUAAAAAGAUUAUUAAAGCUUUACACGAUUACCAAGCAACGUCUGGUGCCGAACUUUCGUUUAAGAAAGGUGAUUUCUUUCAUGUCACGGGUAGAGAACAUGACGCUCAAUGGUUUGAAGCUUGUAACCCAUUGUCCAAGUCCCAAGGUCUUGUACCUGUCUCUUAUUUUCAAGUCAUUGAAAAGAAUGAGCGUAGUUUACCUGUCAAUCGACCUACUUCUUCUUCCACUUCGUCCACAUUGACCUCAGAGUUAGAUUCUGGAUUUUCUGACCUCUCCUCCACUACCCAAGGAAUAGGGAUUCAAAAAAAGAAACACCAACAAGUGUAUGGUGUCGUCAUGUACGACUUUAAAGCGGAGCGACCCGAUGAACUUGAAGCGACAGCAGGAGAAGCCAUUGUGGUGAUUGCUCAAUCCAAUCAUGAAUGGUUUGUUGCUAAACCCAUUGGACGUUUAGGUGGACCUGGAUUGAUUCCGGUGUCCUUUGUUCAGGUACGAGAUGCGCAAACGGGAGAAUUAAUUGAUCACAUUGAGCAAUCCAACCCUGUACCUGGUGUAGAAGAUUGGAAAAAGAUGACAUUGAGUUAUGAAGCUUCGAGUAUUCCCUUGGGUGUAUUUGAAAAGACCGCAUCCGUCGCAUCGUCUUCUUCGGCGACACCAGUGGCAGUGACACCUAAAUCCACUAGAUUAUCCGAUUCUUCCACAGAAUCCAUGUUGGAGCUUGUCACUUUUGCUUCAAUUGAUUCUUUUAUUCUGGAAGGUGAUCAGUAUUGGUUUGUCAUUUAUGCGCGUGUUCAUGGUGGAGCCCAUCGUAUUCUUUACCGUUUAUAUGAAGACUUUUACGACUUUCAGAUCAAUUUGCUGCAGAUGUUCCCUAUGGAAGCAGGAAAGGAAGAACGAGAGCGUAUAUUACCGUUUAUGCCGGGGCCAUUAGAGAAUGUGACGGAUGAGAUUACGCAAGAACGGCAAGUGGAUUUGGACAGAUAUUGUAAAGAUUUAUUAAAGUUACCGGGCUAUUUAGCAGAAAGUGAGCUUGUGCAAAGGCAAUUAUUCGGUAUUCAUGAAGGAGAUAUUGAAUUGGACUAUGAUCCACGUGUCAGCCAUUCUCAUCAGUCUCAACAAUCUCAAGGAGGAGGAGGAGGAGGAGGACAACAACAGAAUCAGAUCAAGAUCAAGAUUGUACACAAGGACGAUAUGUUUGCCAUGAAAGUGCCGACGGAUUGUACUUUAGAUAUGUUGAGACAAAAAGUGGUGGAACGUAUUGGUAUGCAGGUGACGAUGCAGUAUAAGAAUGAGGCCACGGGAGAAAAUGAACCGCUGGAAGGUGAAUUAGAUAUGGAAGAAGCUUUUGUGCAGGCCAUUCAAAGAGGAAAAUUAACCGUCACUGCCACUGCCCAAUAGAAAAGAUUCGACACACAUCCCCUCACAACACAUAUCACAUUUUUUUUUUUUUUUGUAUCAUUAUUUAUCUCUCCCCCCCCCCCCCCCUCUCUCUCUUGUCCCCCCCUACUCAUUGUUUAUAUAUAUUCACACGCACACACACACAUUAUUAUAAUAUUUUCUUUCUCUUUUUUUUUUUUUUUUCUUUUUUA